AGCCGUAAAAGCCAAAGACAGUUUAAAAAAAAACUUUUAAAUUUGGCAUUUUGUUUACAUUUCUGUAUAGUUAUUGUAUUUGUUAACCGUAUUACUUUAAAUAAUCUUUUCGUUUCGUCUCGAAUGUCGUGUGAAGUGGUAAUCCGAAGUGCCCGUGCGGCGGACCUGGAGCAACGGUCGGAACUGGUCCGUCGAGGGUUCUCUGCGUACUUUUGGGACGCGUUCCUGUUCUUCUUUUUUCAAGAGAGCGUGCGCGGCGAGUGCUUCGGGCUGGUGGCGGAGGUGCGCGGGGCGGGGCGCGGGGCGCGGGGCGGGGCGGGGCGGGGGGCGGGGCGCGGCGGCGCGCUGCGCGUGCGCGUGGCGGAGGACGAGGCCGGGCAGCGCGGCUACGCGCAGAGAAAAAUACAACGGAUUUCGACGACGUGUACCAGUGCAAAUUAUGAAUUGAGAGUUGGUGUGUGGCAGGUGGUGGGCACCGUGAGCGUGUCGGAGUACUGGGGCGCGCACGACAGGGGCUGGCUGCACGCGCUAUCCGUCCAUCCUGACUGGCGGUGCCGCGGCGCGUACGAGCGGCCGCUGCUGGGCGCCGCGCUCACGCUGCCGCUGCUGCCGGCGUGA